AUGGUUUUUAUUUCAGCUGGCCUGGUAUGCCGAAGAUGGGUGUCCACAACAUCUUCUUCCCAACAACAUUCGACACAUUAUGAUCCAGAUAAGAGGAAUGACAAUCCCAGUUUAGCUCAUAUAGAUGAAAAGUUUGAAAGCAUACCAAAGGAGAACAGGAACAAGUCGACGUUUAUGGCCGCUAUUGGUAUGUUAACUUAUUUAUUUUGAUGUUCUGUGUUUAGAAAUGUUUAACAAAAGGUCGGGAGGAGAUCGAGGACAUGUUGAAUUUGUGACAUCGGCUUUAAAACACAUGAAAGAUUAUAAUUUACACAAGGAUCUGGAGGUUUAUAAGGCGUUGCUGAGGGUUUUUCCUCCUGGAAAGUUUGCCUCUACUAAUAUUUGGCAUGUGAGUUUUUAAAAGUUGCUUUAGUGUGUAUAGGACGUUCUGGAAGCUUUUUAUUUUGAUUUAAAUCUAAAAUGGCUUCUACAAAUAUUGUUUUAGAGCCUGUAUAACGUCAAUUAUAAUAAUAUACCAAAAAUAUAAAAAAUACGAUUUUGAACCUAAAUUUUGAACCUUUUUUUAUUUUAGAGAACAUUCAUGCACUAUCCGAACCACCAAGAAUGUGCUGUGAACGUUUUGGACGAAAUGGAGUGGUAUCACGUAUAUCCAGAUAAAGAAGUAGAUGACAUCGUAAGUGCCUCAUUUGGUCCAUGGACGACGGUGGGGAAGAAAGUGAAGAGACAGUUGUAUUGGUUACCUAAACUACGAUAUACGAACAAGUACUUGGAUGUGAGAAAAGUGGAAAACAAAGAUCUUAGCUUUUUGGAGUUGGCCAAGCUGGCUUUGGACAUGAUUUCUAGAGAUCCUGGCAAGGAGAUUACUAUCAGCAAGGUACGAAACGAUUGCUGAGAGUAUAAGCUUUGAUAUUUUGUAUAACUUGGGUUUUAGUAUUGGGCGGGGUAAAUGUUACGGAAAUUUUUUUCUUUAAAAAUCUUAAAUUUAGGAUUUUUUGCUUCAUAUUUAGAGAAAAUAUGACUUUUAAGUAGUCUUUUAAGGCUAAGAAUUGAUAUUUAUAUAAAUAUUAAUUAUGACAGUUUUAGAUGCAAGAUGAUACACUAAUAGCAUCAGCUCAAUCACCCCUACAAAAGGAAUUAAUCGAAGAUCUACCCAGAGAAUCCACCUGUUUCUACGUCGACGGCCCUUUUCAUCAUCAUGUCCGAGACAACUUUUGUCAAUACAUAGUCUUAUCAACCGAUCCAAUAGGUUCAGCUGAGCGAUUAGUCGAUAAAUUCGCGGAACAUUAUGAUCUAGAGAACAUUGACGAGACCAGGCUCUACAAAGGUGUACUAGACGAGUUCUAUGACGAACCUGAUGAACCAACGAUUCAUGAACAGACUGACCAGACAAUAUUGGCAUUGGGGAUGAUAGAGUAUAUUGAUCAGAAUACAGCAUCAGCUUGGGUGAAUCAUUUACAGGAGACGAAUCCAGCGCUACGAGAGGCUACGGUGAUUUUGAGGAUACGAGACUUUUCAAAAGGAAGAAAGGAUGGUGAGAGGGUUCAUACUGACGAAUCACAUUAUGGAAUGAAAGGUCAAGGGAAUGCAGGUGAUAAUGUUAAAGAUUCUGGGAAUGAAGGAGGGAUGAAAGAGGAGUUUGAUGAAGAAGUUGGUAUGAGAAGGCCAGGUAACAACAAAGAGAAAGAAACAAGUAGUGACGAUAUGAAACAAGAAUGUAGAAGUCCGGAUGAACAAGAGAAAGAAGACAAAAGUCAUCAAAAUGUAGAUAAAUCAAGUAGAGACAAAGUGAAUGAAGAAGGAUCAGGUAAAACUCAAUAA